AUGCCGCUUAGCGUGGAGGUGAAGGAGGCGCUCCAACCGGCCUUCGCUUCUAGACCAAUCACAUACGUCCUCAUGGCGGAGUCGACCGCACACGAACGCCACCCGCGUGCGAAUCAACUGUUUGAAGAGUAUACCCCUCCCGCCGGGGGCCCUCGGCAUCGCUCUAGCCAUGGUUUUCAGUUCUGGCAGAUGCGCCGCGACAGUUGCGCCUCAACCGAGGACGAUGACAUUGUCGGCACGGGCAAGCUGCGCCGCGGCUCUCACCCCGACAACUGGCUCCAGAGCUCACAUGGAUUUGGCAUUGAUUUUUCCGAUGCUUUCCAUCGCCGGCGCAGCAGUGACACCGCCCUCACCGACAUGGACUUGCUUCAGCUAGCAGAACUCGUCAAGGCCUCCUCUAUGGCCUCGGGUCUGGGCAGCGACACCUGUCUCACCCCACAAGGUAGUGACGGGCGACGGGGUAGUCUAAUGGUGUCGUCCAUCACCCCAGUCCCCGGUGACACCAGCCUGGGCUCCCCCAGCAAUCUCGACCCGCCCGCCAUACGCUUCUCCGAUAGCUCCAACGGCAGCCGCCGCUUUCCUGGCGCUGGCCGCCAUUCCCGCACCCACGGAUCAACCAGUUCCAUUGGCCUGGGCACUGGUGUACCAUUGGAACCCCGCCCCAGCAUGGACAGUACCUCUUCCCAGUGCACCCUUCGCCCACCCUCAUUGUCUUUCUCCGGACCAGCCACGACCUCGGACGAACACGAGCUCGGCCUCGGAGUGCCGCUCGAAGGCCAGCUUGGUGACCCCUUUUCUGUACCUGAUGCCCAAGUCGUUCCACGCCAUGAUGGAUCAACUUUGUCCUCCGUUCCUGACGCGGGUGCGGGUGCAAAUGCAGACACGGAUGCUGAUAUCGAUGCGGAUGAUGACGACGAUGGUGCUGACAGUGUCUGUCUGGACAAUGGCUCCUGCGGCGUGCAACUCACCCGUUGCCUCUCGCCGGGUCAUGUGCGGCGGUAUUACCAGCGUCGCGCAUACGACCAAACGGACCAGCCCGACAUGAGCUCAACCCUUCAGCCCCGCCCGCCACCGCGCUCGCCCACGGCUUCAUCUCCACACAAUGUGUCGUCUCCCAGUGAAGGUAGCACGCAAGAUUCUCAUGAGUCCCGUCAGGACGACGCCUCCAGCGAGCUGGAUGACAUGGAGAUGGAGCGCCCCACCUCAGCGGCCACCACAGCAGGCAGCAACGACAUACAAACCCUCAUCAACUUGAACGGCUCGGAAUUUGUUUCGCCACGCUCGAGCGCCGACUUUGAUGAAGAAUGUUUUAGCGACGACAGUUUGGCAUCUGGUUGCAGCUCUGACGCAAUUGGCUUUGUUCAACCACGCCGCGUGUCCAAAAGCCCCCACUCGGACGGCUUUAAAGUGGAUGUGGACGGCCAAUGGAUCUUCAAGCAAGCCAAUACCACCGAGCAGGUUGUGUUUGAGCAGCUGCGUCAUCACAAGAGUCUGCAGCUGUUCGUGCCAGCCUACGACGGCGUGAUCAUGACCAACGGCAAGGGCUACUUGAAGCUGCAAAAUCUCGUGGCGGGGUGUUCCCAUGCCAACAUCAUGGACGUGAAGAUGGGCGUUCGGACAUUUCUGGAAGCCGAUGUGGCGCGCAGCAAGCCUCGCCUUGAUUUACUCAACAAACUGGUGGCCAUUGAUCCAGAAGAGCCAACGGAGGAGGAAAAGCAAGUUGGUAUCACCAAGAUGCGGUACAUGCAGUUUCGUGAACAGCUUUCCUCGAGUGCUGCGCUCGGCUUUCGAAUUGAGGGCAUCCACCGGCACGGAGAGGCCGAAGAAACCAAGUUCAACUACAAGACCCUCAAGGACCGCGAGGACAUUGUGGAACGUCUUGGCUACUUUGUGCAGGGCUGUGGUGCGAUACGGGAAGGCUACGUCCGUCGACUGCGUGAGCUGCGGGCUGCACUCUUGGCCUCGGAUUGGUUCAGGCAUACCGAGAUUAUUGGGAGUUCGUUGCUUUUUGUACACGACGGCAAUCUGCCCGGUGGAGCGUGGAUGAUUGAUUUUGCCAAGACGUGUUACCGCCCGGGCGAGCCCGUGGAUCAUGGCGUUCAAUGGGAGCCUGAUUGUGGAUCUCGCGAAGACGGCUACAUUCUUGGAUUAGAUAAUCUGAUUGAAUGCUUUCAGAGUGUGCCGGUUUGA